AUACCCCCCACCCCACGCGGCAAUGCCACGCCAUGCCCCAACCUUCUAAUUCCUUCGCCUAGUUAUCUCCUCCUCCUCGUCCUCCCUCAGUCUCUGAUUUCUUAUCCCACAAACACUGCAACAGAAAACGUUUAUUUUCAUCUGAUUCCCUUGCUGAUCUCUCAAUUAAUUCGUAAAUUCUUUGCUUAAAUUUUAUUUGUUUUCUAACAGCUGAUUAGGCUGAAAUUGCUUCUGGGGUACUUGAGAUCGCUGUUUGUUUCCCGUGAAUUAUCGGGGUUUGUGUUCAUGAUUUAUUUGUUACUGUUAGAUUUGUGAUCGGAGAUGGCAUCGGGAUCGGCUACGAUCAAUAGGAUCGAGAGGGCGCACCAGAUGUAUAGGGAAGGCAAGUAUGCCGAGGCGCUGGAUUAUUACACAGAGGCACUUUCCAUGGCCAAGACCAAGCCGCAGAAGAUUGCUCUCCACAGCAAUCGUGCUGCGUGUUAUCUCAAACUCCACGAUUUCGAUAAGGCUGCGAAAGAGUGCACCUCAGUGCUGGAGCUUGAUCACAACCACACUGGAGCACUGAUGUUGCGAGCUCAAACACUGGUGACCCUAAAGGAGUACCAUUCAGCACUUUUUGAUGUCAACCGGCUCAUGGAGUUGAACCCAUCAUCAGAAGUGUAUAGAAACCUUCAAGCCCGUCUGAAGACUCAAUUGUCACUUGCUACGAUACCCGAAGAUGAAGCAGAGCUUGAAGAAGAUGAUGAACACAUAGAUGAAGAGAAGUUGGAAGAAAAUGAGUGGGAAAAACAAGAUGGCAAAGAGGUGGAAAAUUUUGGAGGUCAAGAAAAUUACGUAAAUGAUAAUGCUGCAACUGCACAGAAUAAAGAAAGUAAAUCAGGAAACAUCAGUUCAAUAACUGAAAUUGUCAGCUCACAAAAUCAGAGCGCGCAGAAAACAAUUGUUCAGAAGUCCUUGGGUUGGCAAACAAUUCCAAAGCCGAAGGGGCAUUCUUAUCUUGACUACUCGAGGUGGGACAGAGUUGAAGAUGUCUCUAGUGAAGAAGAAGAUGAUGAUGACGAUGAUGAUGGUUCUGAACCUCAAUAUCGAUUUCGUGUUAAAACUGUUGGUGUGAGGGCAGUUAAAUGAUUUGGUUAAGAAAAGGACAUAGUUCAGUAGGUCUAUGUUCAUUUCCAGAGGUCAAGCUACUUCUGGUUGAAGAAAGCCAAUGUUUCUAUGCAUCAUCUGAACUCUUGGUGGAAAUUGUAUUUUCUGUUCCCUUAAUCUGGCUUUGACUAUCUGCGUGGACUGUUACUAAAAUGUGCUUCUCCCUGUUGUGCCUGCUAUUCCUGUUGACACUGGAUGCGUGAACUGCUACUAAACACCAUGGAGAGACAGACUCUGCCUUAAAACUCUGAUCCGGCUCAUAUGAGGAAUGCCAGCCAUUGUGUUCUGCUGAGAUGUAAUCUGAAUGCACGUCAUGGCACAACAUCUUCAAUCCCUCUGUGCUCAUCUGGAUGCAAAGGAACCGUACGAACAGAACACGGGUGUUGCUUGCCUGGCACUUGAGUCAUCUUGUAUAUCCAUUUUCAUAAGUUAGAAGUGCUUAAUAGAGGAAAUGAAAUGUAUGUAAGUCCAAUAAUUACCAGCACACGUCCUGUGUGCAUGCUGUCAUCUUUUACUACAUUGAAACAAAAAAUGUUGGUGGUGUUAUGUUUGGUCACUGGCCAUAUAGCUUAAAAGUAGACAUGCUGGACAUGAACCAGAAUCGGAGAUGAAAGAGGUCGAAUGUUGUUGAA